AUGUACGGCAAACCACCACCAGAUUUAGUAGCUUAUUGCUUGGGAUCUUCACCUAAUGAAGCUGUGGACUCCACCUUGUCAUCUCGCAGCACCAUAAUCCACACGUUAAAAGAAAAUCUCAAGAAAGCUCAACAGACAAUGAAGACACAAGCUGACAAAAAACGAAAAGGUUGGAGCUUUACUGUCGGCGAUAUGGUUUUGCUCCGUUUACAACCUUACUGGCAAGUCUCCGUCCACCGCCGGUCGUCCCAAAAGCUCAACUUGCAUUACUAUGGUCCUUUUGAGAUCCUGAACAGGGUUGGAGAGGUUGCAUACCGUCUGAAACUACCACCUUCGGCUCAGAUCCAUGACGUUUUCCAUGUUUCAAUGCUACACCCGUUCAGACAGGGCCACACCUACUUAAGGAUCUUUGAGAAUAUUAACAUAUCCCAACAGAUCCUUCUCAACAAAACUAAUACAACCUUAAGGAACAUUAGGCAAAAUAACUAA